UAUCCAUCUCGGGCAUGCACAGGACAAUUUAUUGAAAUCAUCAUCAUCUUAUCAUUUUGAGUACUUGAGGAAAACCUUUAUUAUGUAACUAGAGUGUCUUCUGUCGGAAGUCAGAAUCGUCAGUUCAGCUUCACGUCUACCGUGUUUUAGCGCCGAGAGAAGGCCAUGGCUCGAGGGCAGCAGAAGAUCCAGUCUCAGCAGAAGAACGCAAAGAAAGCAGCUGAGAAGAAGAAAGGUCAAGGAGCAGAUCAGAAGACAGCAGCCAAAGCAGCGCUGGUCCACACAUGUCCUGUCUGCAAGACACAGAUGCCAGACCCCAAGACUUUUAAACAGCAUUUUGAAAGCAAACACCCAAAAUCUCCUAUGCCUCCUGAGCUGGUGGAUGUUCAAGCCUAAAGGACACAAGAAACCAACAUGGACCUAAAACAGGGAUCCUGAGGAAUGAAACAUGAUUCGACUCAGCCGACUGACUUGAUUUGCUGUAUUUCACAAACAUAGACCAUGUGGACACAAUGUCAAGGAGAUCUUAGGAUGGACUCGAGCACACCAGCGCACAUAUAUAUAUUUUUAUAUUUUUAUAAGUGCAUAUUUCUUCCAUCUUUUCAAAGUGUGCUGUGACCUAACCAUCUCAUUGCCAUGUGCUUAAACUCGCCAUAUUUAUUCACCACUUUCUCAAAACCCUGUGGCACUUCGUCCCUAUAAAGUAAAAAAAAAAAAAGAUUAGGUGCUGGAAUGUAUAAAAAUGUAUGAGCUCUGAUCUUUUUGCUGUGAACCAAAAUGGAGAGGGGCACCAAUCGGGAUUGACAUGGUCAAAAUAAUCACAAAUGCUGUGAAUUUGCACCUGUUCAAGCAGUCAGAAUAAUAUCUGAGUCAGGACCCACGGACCCGCUUGUUACUUUGUUUUCUAAAGUUUUCAAUAAAUGUAUAUGCAUAUAGUCCA